AAAUUUGAAUACUCAGGCGCCAAUUUUAGGCAUAACCGAAAAAUCACAAAAAAAGGAAAAUAAGAUUGAGAGAGAAAGAAGGCAGAAACAAAACAAAAGAGAGAGAGAGAGAGAAGAAAAAUAAUUAUUGUCUUCUUCAAAUCUCCGAUUACCUGAUUUCACGAUACGGAGGUGUAAUGGGAGGAAGUAGCGGAGGCGGCGGUGCUUCUUACCGGAGCGGUGGCGAUUCUGACGUGGAAUUGGAGGAUUACGAGGUGGAUGAUUUCAGAGAUGGGAUCGUAGAGACGCGAGGAAACAGAUUCAAUCCCCUCACAAAUUUCUUAGGGUUAGACUUCGCCGGAGGUAGCGGCGGAGGUAAGUUCACCGUCAUUAAUGGAAUCAGAGAUAUCUCCCGAGGCUCCAUUGUCCAUCCCGAUAACCGGUGGUACAAGGCGUGGACGAUGUUUAUAAUGAUAUGGGCACUUUAUUCUUCCUUCUUCACUCCAUUGGAGUUUGGUUUCUUCAGAGGAUUACCAGAGAAUCUGUUCAUCCUCGAUAUCGCUGGCCAAAUCGCUUUCUUAGUGGAUAUUGUCUUGACAUUCUUUGUCGCUUAUCGAGAUAGCCGAACUUACAGAAUGGUCUACAGACGCAGCUCAAUCGCUUUACGGUACUUAAAAUCAUCUUUUAUUAUUGACUUACUUGCUUGCAUGCCAUGGGAUAUCAUCUAUAAGGCUGCAGGCGAAAAAGAAGAAGUGAGAUACCUAUUGUUGAUUAGGCUAUAUCGAGUUCAUAGAGUGAUCCUGUUUUUCCACAGAAUGGAAAAAGAUAUAAGAAUCAAUUACCUUUUCACAAGAAUCGUCAAGCUUAUAUUCGUCGAGCUCUAUUGCACUCACACCGCGGCUUGUAUCUUUUAUUACUUGGCCACGACGCUGCCUGCUUCUCAAGAAGGGUACACUUGGAUUGGAAGUUUGAAGUUAGGAGAUUACAGUUACUCGCAGUUUAGAGAGAUCGAUCUUUGGACCAGAUACACUACUUCUAUGUACUUUGCAGUUGUUACUAUGGCAACUGUUGGUUAUGGUGAUAUACACGCAGUUAAUAUGCGGGAAAUGAUAUUCGCAAUGGUGUACAUCUCAUUCGACAUGAUUCUAGGAGCUUACUUGAUCGGUAACAUGACAGCUUUGAUUGUAAAAGGUUCAAAAACAGAGAGAUUCCGGGAUAAAAUGGCGGAUAUUAUGAGGUAUAUGAACCGAAACAAACUAGGUAGAAACAUCCGUGGUCAGAUCACAGGGCAUUUGCGGUUACAGUACGAAAGUAGCUACACAGAGGUAGCUGUUCUUCAAGACAUCCCUGUGUCUAUCCGCGCUAAGAUUGCUCAAACUUUAUACUUGCCGUAUAUUGAUAAGGUUCCUCUCUUUCGUGGGUGCUCGUCUGAAUUCAUUAACCAGAUUGUUAUAAGACUUCACGAAGAAUUCUUUCUCCCUGGAGAAGUUAUUAUGGAGCAAGGAAGUGUUGUUGAUCAACUCUACUUUGUUUGUCACGGUGUAUUGGAGGAGAUAGGUAUAACUAAGGAUGGAUCUGAAGAAAUAGUGGCACUUCUACAACCAGAUCAUUCUUUUGGGGAGAUUUCAAUCCUCUGCAAUAUUCCUCAGCCUUACACAGUUCGAGUUUCUGAGCUAUGUCGGCUUCUAAGACUCGAUAAGCAAUCAUUUACGAAUAUUCUUGAGAUAUAUUUCCACGAUGGAAGGAGGAUUCUCAACAAUCUGCUUGAAGGGAAAGAAUCUAAUGUCCGGAUUAAGCAAUUGGAAUCUGAUAUAACCUUUCAUAUCAGUAAACAAGAGGCAGAGCUAGCUUUGAAGUUGAAUAGUGCGGCUUUCUAUGGUGAUCUUUAUCAGCUUAAGAGUUUGAUUCGAGCUGGAGCUGAUCCGAAUAAGACAGACUAUGACGGAAGAUCACCUUUGCAUCUUGCAGCCUCAAGAGGAUAUGAAGACAUUACUCUAUACCUUAUUCAAGAAUCCGUAGAUGUAAAUAUCAAAGAUAAGUUGGGGAACACGCCGUUACUAGAAGCAAUCAAGAACGGGAACGAUCGUGUUGCAGCGUUACUUGUAAAAGAAGGAGCGACGUUAAAUAUCGAAAACGCCGGGACUUUUCUUUGCACCGUAGUUGCGAAAGGAGACAGCGAUUUCCUGAAACGGCUUCUCAGUAACGGAAUUGAUCCUAACUCCAAAGAUUAUGAUCACAGAACACCUCUUCACGUAGCUGCCUCUGAAGGAUUGUAUGUCUUAGCAAUUCAACUGGUGGAAGCAAGUGCUAAUGUUCUUGCAAAAGACAGAUGGGGAAACACUCCACUAGAUGAAGCCUUAGGUUCUGGAAACAAAAUGUUGAUAAAGUUACUCGAAGACGCAAAGAGUUCUCAGAUCUCUUCGUUUCUGAGUGGUUCCAAAGAGUUUAAAGAUAAAGUGUAUAAGAAGAAAUGUACAGUGUAUUCUUUACAUCCUGAUGAUACAAAAGAGAAAAGAAGACGUGGGAUUGUAAUGUGGGUGCCUCGAAGCAUCGAAGAGCUUGUAAGAACUGCAGCGGAGCAACUGAAUGUCCCGGAAGCUUCUUGUAUAUUGUCUGAAGAUGAAGGUAAAAUUAUUGAUGUAGAUUUGAUAAGUGAUGGACAAAAACUGUAUUUGACUGUCGAAACUUAAUGAUUCUAAAUAAAAUAAAUAAUCAAAAACAGAGUAUUAGAAACA